AUGGCAUUAUUUUGUUCGUGCUUUAGGAAAAUGAGGAGCAAUCUUAAGAUGAGAUCAUAAAUUUUAUUAAUAAAUGCAAUUAUAUUUACAUUUACUCUUUGUAUGCUACUGAUAGCCUACAUUUUAAAUAGGGGAUAAUCGCUAUCUAUUCUAAAUAUAUCAUCCCAAACUUUAAUGAUCGAUGAAUUACAAAACCUACUAAAUACUGCUUCAAAUCUAAUUGAAUUUUAGAUUCGAUUCUUUUAUUCAAGAAGUAAUUUAUAUAAAUCAAUAGUAGCUUAAAUUACACUAACCAAGUUGAACAUUUUAAAUUAAAUUAUAUACAAUACGGAUUAUCAAUCCCUCGAAAGCCCUUAGUUAUGCCCUUAAAAUGCCUCUUUCUUCGAUCCCAAUCACGAUUACCCCCUUUCAUGCAUAAUUUAUCAAACUCUAAAUGAUGAUACCUCUUACUAUAAUUCAACAUAGGACUAUUAAUUAAGAAAUUUGACCCAUUUAUUCAAUGAAAUGAUAUUAACUAUUGAUUUAACAGGAGAAUUUAUCCCUAACGAUUUGUUUAUGGUAUCAGACAGCAAUCCGAACUAGUUUUCCUUCUAUUAUCCUCAGUGGAUCAAAUAUAAGACGUUUAGGCCUAAGUAAAGAUCAUGGUAUUAGUCACAUUUUGCAAAUCUUAAAUUGAAUCCUAAUAACCAUACGCAAUUAUCUGAGAUAUAUAAGUAUUUUAAUGAUAGCGAUGUUUAUUCAAUGACAAUGACCUAGUCUUUUUUCAAUAAGACUAAGUAAGUAGAUGGUUUAUUCGCAGCUGAUAUUUAUCUAUAGAAUGCAUAUUUCAAUACUAGUAAUUUGAAUAUGAUGAUUGUAAAUUAUGAUGGAAAGUUAAUUUUAUCAAAUUAUAAAAAUUAUCUUUUGGCUAAUUCAACCAAAUAUGAGUCAUUUGAUGAUGAAAAAACAACUGGUUUUAAUAAGUCUGAUUGGUUGGCAGUUUUGAAUUUUAUCAAUCAUAACAUAAAGGAAAGUACUUGUUCGUCAAAUUAUAAUACUCAAAAUUAGCUUUGUCUUUAUAACUCAGCCUAUUAAUCCGAUGUUUUCAUUUCUGCUAAAUAAAUUAAGGGUUUGGACUAUUAUUUGAUUGUAUUUAACAAUAUCCAAGAUUAAACAACUUUAAUCUAAAUGAUGAAUUCUUUGAUGGAGACAAUAUAGUAGUAAUUUGCUUAAUAAAUAAUCAUAAUUGGAUUGAUUUGUUGUGCAUUUACAAUUUUAUCAUUUCUUCUAAUUUACUUAAUUUGUAGGCCUAUGUUUAAAUUGAUUAAGUUAUCUAAUAGUUAUAUCAAUUCUCAUAUGGUUAGUAAGUCCUUUAGAGAUUAACAACUGAAGAGGGUUUGGAACAACUAAGAGAAAUUUAAUAGCUUUAUGAAGAAUUAGGUGCUGAAUCACAAUCCUUAGAAGACCAAUAACUUAAUGAUUUAAUUGAUUUAACUCUUUUAGCGAUUGUUUGAUAGAAUUUUUGAUCAACAAAACAAAAAAAGCGAAUAGUGUUUUAUUAUUCAAUCUUUCAAUUAUCCUAAGACUCAACAACGAGAUAUGAAUAUAUCUUAAUUGAUUAAGGAGCGUAAGUUUGAGGAGGUGAGUUCAGAUGAGUUUAACUUGUUUUUGAGUUACACUUUGAAAUAAUUAAAAAGAUAGUUCUCUUUAUGA